CGAGGCCCGUCGAAACAGAUGUAAUGAAACCUAGGGCAGGUUGAUGGCAAAGAGCGCUUGAAGAGUUGGUAACAUUCUAAACCGCAACUGGUACAGUCAGAAUCACUCCUUUCAGAGCGGGAUAUCUACCGAUGAAUCGGCUGUAACGCGCGCUAUAAGACUAUUAAUGCCGGUUAGAGCCAUAACUACUUCACCGAAUAUGCGGGCGCCAAACUCGACGUCCUUCCUGUCAAAGGCCUACAACUUUUUUAGAGGCAAAACUUCGAAGAACGACGAGAACUUUUACGCCAAGACCAAGACGCCUUUUCCAAACGAGAUCUACCCGAGUCUUUGCGAGCCGAUUGACGCUAAAGGAAUGGCAGACAGUUUGUGGAAGGACAGAAGAGUUCUGGGAGAAAUUACCAAUCGCACAAAGAGUAUGUUCAAUGACCGGGAACCAAUGAAGCAAAAGGCGCGAAUUGAGCCUUUCAGUCCUCGAGCAGUCGUGAAGAAUUACUGGUCAACCAAAGUGGAAAAGAAGAUAAAUAAUCAAACACAAGGAAGGCCAAACAACAACGCCUUCCCGGAAGAAAGCGAAGAAGGCGAAGAAGAGGGCGUUUUUUCGAUACAGUUAAUCAAGCCACAGAAUGGUUUUCUUGGUAUCGUUUUGGUGGGCGGAGCUGACACACCAAUGGAAAAUCAUUACGUCAACGAUAUCUUGCCCAAUUCCUCUGCGUCCAAAUCAGGUCGCGUCAGAACUGGAGACGAACUGCUAGAGGCGAAUGGCCAGGCGCUUCGAGGGAAAACACAUGCGCAGGCACUGGCCAUCUUUAGGUCUCUGCCAGCAGUGGUGACGAUGGUUGUGGCAAGAAGCAAGGACGCGAAUCGCUCUAUUAUGGAGCACCUAAACCAAGAGAAAAAAGACAACAAGAAAGUAAACAACAAUAUUGUCUCACCCAAGAAAAGACGGAGCAUAAUCGAGGAAGCAGCCAACUCGAGUGUCAUCGCUAGGCCCCUCUCAUCCGUUAUUGACGUCACAAAGAGGGAGUGCCCGUUCACUAAACCUGUCAAACGAGUUUCUCGCGUCUCUUCUUUCUUGGGGACAGCAGAAGGUGAAAAUUACAGCGGAAAAGACCGAGAAAAGAAAAAUGAAAAAGGAAACAAGAAAAGUCGGGAAGAACCAGGGGCACACCCUCUGUCGAACGACUGGAAAGCAGGGGAAUCAGUUUUUGACACACCGCAAGUUUACGAGAACGAAAAAACGCUACUCUUCCCCAUAAAGACCUUCAGACGUUCAGGCGCCAUGCAUGCUGGCAGACGGAACGUCAUCGAAAGAUGUGAUGUAAGAGCAACGUGGCCUGCUUUCACUAUAAAGCAGCGACUACCUCUUCCCUGGGACUCGUACGCGUCUCCAAGACCAGCAGCCGUCGGCCGAAGUUCUUUAGCUCGUGGUCGGCGUAAUACGGCGCCUACCUUGGGAUCCAGCUGGUCGUUGAAUCAAAACUCGAGCUCUUCGGCUCGGAAAUUUACAGGGAAGCAUUACAUCGAAAAGAAAACUCUCGUUGUCGAGGUAAAGCGGGAAAGUGAAGUCUCCGAGUGGGGAUUUUCUGUCGGAGGGGGUGUGUGUUCCCCGUACGGGGAUCUGCCAAUUUCCAUCGCAGAAGUUUCAUCCACGGGAAAUGCCCAGGGAUUUUUACAAAGUGGAGAUGAAAUCGUUGAUUUUAGCGGAGAGAGUUUAGAAGGAGCAACGUUUCUAGAGGCAGAGAAAAUGCUGCGAGAAUACACAAGAAAGAAUGCGACAAUAACUAUCAAACGAAAAUUUCUUCAACGAAGUCAAAACCUGCACACCAAUCCUUAUGCCGAGGUGUGGAGUUCUGUAAACACGAGAAAAACUACCUCAGGGCAUAGGCAGGCAAGGAGACCGAAAUCAGUGCACUGUUAAAACGCUGAAAAACACUCUUACGAUGAACUAGUAAGAAAAGGCGGGAAAACUAAACUCGAACGCGCGCUCGAAACGCACUGACCAAUCAAAACAUAUUUUGGGUUUUCCUUGAACGUGAUUGGUUUAUUUUAAAUUAAUCCUUUUUUAUUGCUUCACGCUGGCAUUGUAAGUUUCCCUAUUUAAAUCCAAGCUUUACCCUCAAAACAACUUAUUGCUUAUUGAUAGCACUUUAUUUACUUUGUUCACAACAUAAAACAUAAAAUGUCAUUCGACAUAAAAACAUAAAAUGUCAUACAACAUAAAAUGUCAUUCGAACUGAUAGAGCAGGCUUCAAUCGGGGGUCGAAAAAAACCAAAAUGAUAGUAAUCACAACACCCAAUCAAAGGUUGACAUCAUCAUCAUUAAUCAAUGAUCACUCAAAGUAAAAUCAAGUAACCUACUUAAAGCACGCAAGUGACCCAGGAUUGGUUUUAAUCCUGCCUUUGAUUGGUUGAGAUGGUGGCGUGAGUUUUCUUGACAAAUCACAGAGUGAAGUUAACCAGAGCCAAAGCAACCCAGGAUCCCUUUCGACACUUAAAAACUGCUCUAAGAGUUUUUCGAUUGAAAGUUAAAGCCUUCCAUCAACCUUUUAGUGGCUGAGCAAAAAACCAUAUUUUUUUGUCAAACUGCAAUUUCGAUUUCAAAGCUAAACUUUUAACUCAAAACCCUUCGUCAGUCAUAUCAUUCCGACGGAAAAGAACGUUAAACCAAAUUUAGGAUAAUAUUGCUUUUGAAUUGACGUGUAUAUUUCAAAACCCUAUUCACCAUUGUAAGAUUUCUUAAACGUUUCGGUACUGUGAGGAAAAAUAACGUUUUAUGAUCUACUUUCUGAGAAAAAAAAAAAAAAAA